GUCGACAAAAUAUGAUGCCCUCCUGGCCUAGGAAUCGAGAAUAUUAAAUAAUUUCGUUAUAUACAAAAACUGGUCAUUGUGGAAGCCAUGCAGAACAGGCUAAUUCCUCUGGUACGCGAGGUGGAGCGCGUGGUGACGGCUUCUUAUGUGCCCUCUCUUCAGGACCUCUACAGCAUUGUCUGUAACGUUUCUUUCUCAGUAAUCAGCUCUUGGUCGUCUUGCAAACCGUGCCAAGUUGCGGCUUUAGUCGACGUCCUUGUUGACGGGCUAUCUUACUCGAACGUUGCAUUAGAACUAAUAAGCGUCUUUGCACCGAUAGCAGCAUUCCGCGAUGCCUUGUUGGAGCGGUAUCCAGCGAUCCUGGACCAACUCCUCCAAAAGGCCGUCGAACCUGAGGACUCGAAGUACCUCUCGACGUGUACGGCACUGCUGUCUUCACCUCUUCCCUCGGGUUUCACCGCACCAGCGCGUCUUGCCGGUCUUAUCACAAAACUAGUUCAUCGCAUGGCAGAGUGCCCAAAUGCGGAUGCCAUUCGACCAAUCAAUAAACUGUUGACUGGACUAAAAACAUCGCCUGGAAUUCUCUAUGAUAUCCCCGUUGAAACAAUGUCCACACUCCAAGGAGAGCUCAUCAAGACGCUGCGCAACAUGGAUGACCACAUGGGUAACCUGCUCUGUCUAUCCACUUUCGCAUGUAUCGCUUCAUCGCAAAAGCUUGACAACGAACACGAACACGGACCUCAACCGCCAUCUUGGCUGAACCAUGUCAGACAUUUCUUUGGGCCCAAGCGCGGCCUCAAAACUCUAGAUCUAGUUGUUUUGCGAGUGAUUCUUGCUUGCUCUGCUAACUGCAACAACUUGACUCCCAGCGAGGCAGCGGAGAGUGUACGAUUGGCUAUUGCAGUCUGCGACACUGUUGAGUCUGAGCAGAAGCAGGUGUGGAUCUCCGGAAAUGCGUCCAAGAUUGCGAAACUUUGCGAAAAGGUGACAAGGGACGGGAUCGAUUAUGAGGUGCAGAUUAUGGGCGUGAUGUUUCUCAUAUCCCUUUUGCCGACAAAUACUCUGCCUCCUCAAAUACUCGCACUUGGUUUGCAAGGGCUGUUGUCAAAGGAUAGCCUCCAGGUUAUGGAAGCUAUACCAUUUGGGCUUAUCCCACGCUUGGUGAAAACUAAUGCUAUUUCUUCUGGGAAAUCCGCGAUCCAUGAUUCAUUUAACUACGUGCUUUCUGCCUUGAAGUCACCUUCUCCGGAAAUGGUCACUAUACAAAUCGCAACCUUGAUCCUUUCCGGAUUGCAAAGUUCAGAACUUCACUUGUCUCCUGCUGUGAUAGAAGCCUCUCUUGCUUUGGUAAGGGACUCUAUGGGGGAAUUGAUCGAGAGCUUCCCACGAUCUCCUCGCCAGUCGCAAUGUAAUGAAUCAAAGACAUGCUAUGCUGUACUAUCGACAGCUGAAAACAGAUUGCUUAUCGACCUGUUCGAUCUUUACUGCCGCGCUUCUAUGUCACAGAAUGUGGAUUAUGGCGGCGCGAGCCGGGUAGAAGCCGGCAUCAUCUCUAAAUUCACGGCUCAGGUCAAGAAUACCACGUGUGAAAGCAAGUGCCUUCUCGCUACCGUGAAGCCUUCUGAUGCCCGUGACAAAUUCUCUUAUCUCGAACCCCGCCAAGUGUCGUCUAAUCCAAGACGUGACUGGAAAGCAGAGGUAUCAGAUACGCUCAUGUCUAGCACUCGUGCGUCGCACGAUGGCUUAAUGAAGAAGGUCGAAGAGGUCUGUCGCGAUCUUGAGCAUCGGUGCUAUAAUUCGGAAACACCGCUCAGGGUAAUCGAGGAAGAACGGGAUAAGGCAUCUUCCGAAGCAGAGCAGUUGCUGCAAAAAAACUCUGAGCUGGAAACUCGACUCCAGCAGGCCUUCAGUACGAUAAGUGAUCUGCAACAGAAUAUGUCCUAUCUCGAGGGCCAUGCAGAAGCUGCAUCUACGAGGGUCGAGGAGCUAUCUACCAGUCUUGCAGCUGCACAAAGGGAACUGGAACACCAGCGACGCGACUAUGAGGAAUCAAGCCAGGGUGAAAAGGAAAAGGCACGCACUAAAGAACUCGACUUUAUGGCCACCUUGACGGAAAAAGAAGACCUGCUCGAAGAAUUGCAAGUAGAGAACUAUGAACAACGGGCGGAAAAUGAGGAGUUACGGAAAACUCUUGAUUUGGUCUCUAAGGACAAUGGCACCACUUUGGAAACUGUCGCCUCACUGAGAAAAGAGACUUCCAGACUUGAAGGUCUUUCGGUAUCAAACCAGCGACUUGUGGCGCAAAGGCAUGAGGAAAUCUCCCGUCUGGUGGCCAGUAAGGAGCACAUGAGCUCGGAGAUGGAGAGUCUACAACAGAAGUUGGAGAGCGAAAUAUCUGAAUCCAACAGGCUGAGGAACACACUUCGCGACGCUGAAGAGCAUUUCAGGAGUGAGACGGACGCGCUUGGAAAGCAACAUGAAAUGCAGCUUUCUGAAGCCAGUGCAGAGAAUGCUAAACAAAGAGAGGACAACAAGGCUUUGCAUGAGUCUAUGCAGGCCGCCGCAUCCAAUGCCGCAGCUGAGCUACAAACAAAGGACAAGCAGAUCCGUCACCUGGAGAGAAAGAUACAAUCAUUGCGGGAUGAACGUGCCUCCAAGGCCCGCGAAUUCUCCGUAGCGCAGGAGCAUAUUGGUCGCCUCAUGACAGUGAUGGGUUUCAAACCCGACUCUACAGAGACCAAAGCGUCUAGCAAACAACAGCGAUCUCGGUCCACUUUGGAGCCCACGCAGAUUACCCCGAUGCAGCGAGCAAUCAACCCAGACGACGAUGGAACUCCAACCCAGACCGACCACUUAUUCAGCGAUUCCUUUGCUUCCGAAACCCCCAACCCCAACGGUCGUAGCCCCAAGCGACCACGGGCAAAUUCAAUCCCGUUGGAUUUGACCCCUGCGCCGCGUAACCGUAACCACGACCCAACGCCAAACGCCCUGCCUUCCCGAAGUCGCACCAGUCUACCGCAACGUAAACGCAGACCUCUGCGCGACGUUGACGAAAAUUCUCAAGCAGCGUCGCAGCGGACUCCUAGGCCGUCGCAGGGCCAGAGUCAAUUUCCAGAGAGCCAGGUUGAUAUCAAUAGGAACAAACUUCAAGAGCUGGACCUGGAUAUGGAAGUGGAAUUCACCAAGGAUUUCCUCUUCACGAGCACUUCUCCAUCAGACGCAAUUGACCCGGGGUCGCCAUGAUAUAUGCCACGUCUCAUUUCAUGUGUAUAAUUUAUUUUGCAUGACAAGCACAUAUUUAGUGUAAGAUGAACUGUUGAUGUCUGUUAUGUUUUCUUUAUUUCU